CGCCGCCGCUCGUCCCCGCUCGGUCCCCGGCACCGGCCGCACCAUGCGGAGCGCCCGGGCGCUGCUGCUCGCCCUCGCCCUGCGGGUCUACGCGCUGGACACCGAGACGCCCGCCGCUGGCUGCACCUUCGAGGAGGACAGUGACCCCAACCAGUGCGAGUACAGCCAGGGCGAGGACGAUGACUUCGACUGGGAGCUCAUCCGCAGUUACCUGAUGCCUCACCUGAUGCCUGACCUGCCUCACGGCUCCUACCUGAUGGUGAACUCCUCUCAGCACAGCCCGGGCCAGAAAGCUCACCUGCUCUUCCAGGCACUGAGUGAGAAUGACACCCACUGCCUCCAGUUCAGCUACUUCAUGUUCAGCCGGGAUGGCCACAGCCCCGGCACCCUCAGCGCCUACGUCUGGGUCACGGGGGGCCUGGUGGGCAGCGCCGUCUGGAACGCGUCCGGCUCGCACGGCCGCCAGUGGCACCAGGCAGAGCUGGCAGUCAGCCUGUUCUGGCCCAGCGAGUACCAGGUGCUCUUCGAGGCGGUGGUUUCCAGCGAGCGCAGGGGGUACCUGGGCCUGGAUGACAUUUUGCUCCUGAAUUAUCCAUGCUCGAAAGCGCCUCAUUUCUCCCGCCUGGGUGAUGUGGAGGUGAAUGCGGGACAAAAUGCCACCUUCCAGUGCGUGGCCGCUGGCAAGGCUGCCGAGGCUGAGCGUUUCCUCAUGCAGAGGCAGAAUGGUGAGGUGGUCCCUGCUGCCUCGGUGAAGCACAUCAGCCACCGGCGCUUCCUGGCCACGUUCCAGCUGGACGCGGUGUCCAAGGUGGAGCAGGACCUGUACCGCUGUGUCACCCAGUCCCCCCGCGGCGCCGGCGUCUCCAACUUCGCCGAGCUCAUCGUCAAAGAGCCCCCCACGCCCAUCGCCCCCCCCCAGCUGCUGCGGGCCGGCUCCACCUACCUCAUCAUCCAGCUCAACACCAACUCCAUCAUCGGCGACGGCCCCAUCGUGCGCAAGGAGAUCGAGUACCGCAUGACCUCGGGGCCCUGGUCCGAGGUCCACGCUGUCAACAUGCAGACCUACAAGCUCUGGCACCUGGACCCUGACACGGAGUACGAGAUCAGUGUCCUGCUCACCCGGCCCGGUGAGGGGGGCACCGGCAAACCGGGGCCGCCCCUCAUCAGCCGCACCAAGUGCGCAGAGCCCAUGCGAGCCCCCAGAGGCCUGGCUUUCUCCGAAAUCCAGUCCAGACAGCUGACGUUGCAGUGGGAGCCGCUGGGCUACAACCUGACUCGCUGCCACACCUACACCAUGUCCCUGUGCUACCGCUACUUCGUGGGCAGUGGCCACAACCAGACCUUCCAGGAGUGUGUGAAGAUGGAGCGGAACGCCAACCGCUACACCAUCAAAAAUCUGCUGCCCUACAAGAACAUCCACGUCAAGCUCAUCCUCUCCAACCCCGAGGGCCGCAAGGAGGGCAAGGAGGUGAUAUUCCAGACAGAUGAGGAUGUGCCUGGCGGCAUUGCCUCCGAGUCCCUCACCUUCACCCCACUGGAGGACAUGAUAUUCCUGAAGUGGGAGGAACCGGUGGAGCCCAAUGGCCUCAUCACGCAGUACGAGAUCAGCUACCAGAGCAUCGAGUCCUCAGACCCUGCAGUGAAUGUCCCGGGCCCGCGGCGCACGGUGUCCAAGCUGCGCAAUGAGACCUACCACGUGUUCUCCAACCUGCACCCCGGCACCACCUACCUGUUCUCCGUGCGGGCCCGCACCGGCAAGGGCUUUGGCCAGACGGCGCUCACCGAGAUCACCACCAACAUCUCCGCUCCCGCCUUCGACUACGGGGACAUGCCAUCGCCACUGAGCGAGUCAGAGAGCACCAUCACGGUGCUACUGCGGCCAGCACAGGGCAGAGGGGCUCCCAUCAGCACCUAUCAGGUGAUUGUGGAGGAGGACCGGCCCAAGAAGCUGAAGCGGGAGCUGGGGGGGCAGGAGUGCUUCCCGGUGCCGCUCACCUUCGAUGAUGCCAUGUCCCGCGGCUCCGUGCACUACUUUGGGGCAGAGCUGCCUGCCAGCAGCCUCACCGAGGCCAAGCCCUUCACCGUGGGGGACAACCAGACCUACAGCGGCUACUGGAACCCGCCUCUGGAGCCCAAGAAGGCCUAUCUCAUCUACUUCCAGGCCAUGAGCAACCUCAAAGGGGAAACUCGGCUGAACUGUGUCCGGAUCGCUCGCAAAGCUGCCUGCAAAGAGAGCAAGCGUCCCCUGGAGGUGUCCCAGCACUCGGAGGAGAUGGGUCUGAUCCUGGGAAUCUGUGCUGGAGGGCUCAUCAUCCUGAUUAUCCUGCUGGGAGCCAUCAUCAUCGCCAUUCGGAAAGGGAGGAACUACUAUUCUUACUCCUAUUACCCGAAACCCGUGAAUAUGACCAAAGCCACCAUAAACUACCGGCAUGAGAAGACACACAUGAUGAGUGCCAUCGACAGGAGCUUCACCGACCAGAGCACCCUGCAGGAGGACGAGCGCCUGGGGCUGUCCUUCAUGGACACCCACGGCUAUGCAAACAGAGGUGACCAGCGCAGCAGCGUGGUCAAUGAGUCCAGCAGCCUCCUGGGGGGCUCCCCGCGGCGGCAGUGCGGCCGCAAGGGCUCCCCGUACCACACGGGGCAGCUGCACCCGGCCGUGCGCGUGGCCGACCUCCUGCAGCACAUCAACCAGAUGAAGACGGCCGAAGGCUACGGCUUCAAGCAGGAGUAUGAGAGUUUCUUUGAAGGCUGGGAUGCUUCAAAGAAGAAAGACAAGACCAAAGGGAGACAAGAUCACGUGUCCACAUAUGACCGUCACCGCGUGAAGCUGCACCCGCUGCUGGGGGACCCCAACUCCGACUACAUCAAUGCCAACUACAUCGACAUUCGGAUUAACCGAGAAGGCUACCACAGGUCCAACCACUUCAUAGCCACACAAGGGCCCAAGCAGGAGAUGGUGUACGACUUCUGGCGCAUGGUGUGGCAGGAGCACUGUUCCAGCAUCGUGAUGAUCACCAAGCUGGUGGAGGUGGGCCGGGUGAAAUGCUCCAAGUACUGGCCGGAUGACUCCGAGAUGUACGGGGACAUCAAGAUCACGCUGGUGGAGUCGGAGACGUUGGCUGAGUACGCUGUGCGCACCUUCGCCCUUGAGAGGCGGGGUUACUCGGCCCGGCACGAGGUGAAGCAGUUCCACUUCAUGUCGUGGCCCGAGCACGGUGUCCCCUACCAUGCCACAGGGCUGCUGGCCUUCAUCCGCAGGGUGAAGGCGUCCACGCCGCCCGACGCCGGCCCCAUCGUCAUCCACUGCAGUGCUGGCACGGGGAGGACUGGUUGUUACAUCGUGCUGGAUGUGAUGUUGGACAUGGCUGAGUGCGAGGGUGUCGUGGACAUCUACAACUGCGUGAAGACCCUGUGCUCGCGGAGGAUCAACAUGAUCCAGACAGAGGAGCAGUACAUCUUCAUCCAUGACGCCAUCCUGGAGGCCUGUCUGUGUGGGGAGACCAGCAUCCCUGCCAGCGAGUUCAAGCCCACCUACAAGGAGAUGGUGAGGAUAGAGCCACAGAGCAACUCCUCGCAGCUGCGGGAGGAGUUCCAGACCCUGAACUCGGUGACCCCACACCUGGAUGUGGAGGAGUGCAGCAUCGCGCUCCUGCCCCGCAACCGGGAGCGCAACCGCAGCAUGGACGUCCUGCCGCCCGACCGAUGCCUUCCCUUCCUCAUCUCCGUGGAUGGAGACAGCAACAACUACAUCAAUGCGGCCUUAACUGACAGCUACACCAAGAGCGCUGCCUUCAUCGUCACCCUGCACCCGCUGCAGAACACCACCACCGACUUCUGGCGGCUGGUGUACGACUACGGCUGCACCUCCAUCGUCAUGCUCAACCAGCUCAACCAGUCCAACUCCGCCUGGCCCUGCCUGCAGUACUGGCCCGAGCCGGGGCUCCAGCACUACGGCCCCAUGGAGGUGGAGUACAUCUCGGGAGUGGCGGAUGAGGACAUCGUGUCCCGGCUCUUCCGAGUCCAGAACAUCACACGGUUGCAGGAGGGGCACCUGAUGGUCCGGCAUUUCCAGUACCUGCGCUGGUCAGCCUAUCGUGACACCCCAGACUCCAAGAAGUCUUUCCUGCACCUCCUGGCCCAGGUGGAGAGGUGGCAGAAGGAAAGUGGUGAUGGCAGGACUGUGGUGCACUGCUUGAACGGAGGUGGCCGGAGCGGCACCUUCUGUGCCUCCACCAUGAUCCUGGAGAUGAUCAAGUGUCACAACAUGGCAGAUGUUUUCUUUGCUGCCAAGACCCUCCGCAACUACAAACCAAAUAUGGUGGAGACCUUGGAGCAGUACCAUUUCUGCUACGACAUAGCACUGGAAUACCUGGAGUCCCUGGAGACCAGAUAGCACCUGGCCACGAGAGGGGCAGCAAGGGCUUGUGUAGGGGCCGUGCCAGCCGCGCUUCCCAGCUGGGCACUGUGUCCCUGCUCGGGGUGGGCAGGGAAACUGCAAAGGAAAGCAAACAGCAAAACCCACCAGGAAACUUGGGAUCCAGAAAACAAAAGGACGUGGAGAUGUGUUGGCCACUCUCCAUCUUCAUCCUCCACUCUCCUUCCUUCCUCCCUGCCCUGGGCAUGGCCGAGUGGGUGGAUCCCGCAGCUCAGCCUGGGGUUGGUGUGUGCAGGAUGCGGCCCUGCAGUGCUGCUGGGUCUCUGGAGCUGCUGGAGAGGAGGCCAGGGAGGGGAGGAAGAGGAGGCCAGAAGGAGCUGAGGCUGUUUCCCAUCAGAGGAGGAUGGACACUGGGAGAUGUUGCUCUCUGGUGUGUGGAAUUGAAGCUGCUCCUCGGGGAGCCCGGAGGCUGCCGGAGGUUUUGCCUCGGUGGGACUCACUCUGAGCCCGAGCAAAGGCCUCCCCAGGAGCUCCUGAGUUUCUGCCUGUUGGCACCAUGAGUUUGAUCCUAUUUUAGUUCUGUGAGUUCUGACCCUUUGUGUAUCCAGCCCUGGACGGCCAGGGAUGAGGGAUGGGGAGCACUGGCCAUGCAAUGUCCUUCUGCAAGGACUGAUCUGGACCCUCCUGGUGCUUUUGCAAAGGGUUGGAGGGGAUGGUUCCCCAGUGUCUCCACACUUUCCUCUCCAUCUGUAGCAGUGAAUUCUUCGUGAUGUCCCACAGGCACUGGCUCAUGGCUCUGUUUUUAACCCUUCCUUUGUGCAUCACUGCAUUUGAAGCAAAAUCCUCAAAAUUUGGGUCCAUCCCAAAUACUUCCUGGAUGCCACCCCUGGGCAGUUGCCCAUUGAUGCUUUUGGUUUUUGCUGGGCCUGGUGGGGCAGGAGGAUCGAUUUUGGGCUGGUGUUGGCUUGGGCUGAGCUGUGCCAAAGCCAUGGCUGUGCAUUGGGGCUGAACAGGGGAAGGUCCCCACACCUCUGUGCCACCUGGGCUGGUGGCUGAAGGUACCUGAGGCGUUUCAGCUCCAUCCUGCUGCAGGUGGGUGUGAAAUGGCACUUUUUCCAUUGAUGUUGUGGUAACUACUGGGAUUCUGCUCUCAGGCUGGUUGUAAUAAAAUAAAUGGCCUUGGAAAGGUGCAUCCAGAGGGAUCCGGGUCUGGGGAGGCUGGUUCUGUCCUGAGGGCCAGGCAGAACCCUUCCCCAUCACUUCUGGGGCGGAUGGAGCAGAGCAGAUGAGAAACUCCUCCAGAUGCUGAGGUUUCAUGUGGGCAGCCCUGUACUUCAUCCAUCUGCCCCCUUCACCCCCCAUCCCCCAGCCAUGCCUCCCCAGGGCAGGGGCAGCUCCCCUGCCCUGCCUGCCUGGGGCUGCCAAUCCACUGCCCAGGGAAUUCACCCCAGGGAUUCAUGAAGGCUGCACAGCUGAAAUGGCUGGAGGAGAAACCCAGGAGAGGUUUCCAUCCACCUUCCAAAGGUGAAAGAGAGCAGGAAGAGCCAUCCCUGCCCUCUCUGCCCUUGGACAAUGUGCCAGUGCUGUGGUGAUGGGAUUUCAGCACCAUCCCAGACCCUUGGUUCUGCCACCUCCUCCUGAGGAAUUCAGUCUGACAAUAACUUAUUCCAAGGGCUAUAUGACAUCAUUCCUUCCUUCUUUCCAUCCCUGCUGUCUCACCUGCAGUGUGCCCAUUCUGUCUUGUCACCAAAAGGUCUUUUUUACUCCCCAAUGGUCCAGUAACACCAGUACCUGGCUACACUAGUACUUACACUGGGAUAAAUUUGUGUCCUUUUCCCAGUCCCCAUCUCUCCAUAGACCUGUGCUGUCCUAGGGAAGGUGCUGCAUGCUGGGUGCAGAAGUUGUUUGGUUUUGGAUAAAAAUGGCUGAGCUGAGCCUCUGAAAUCCCUGGGAAUGGGAUGGGAAGCUCUGGGGGAUGUCCAGCCUGGGGAGCUGGAGGGAUGCUGCUGCCUGGGCCACCCACAUCCCCCCUGCAGUCCAGAGGGAGAGAGCAUCCCACAGGGCCCUGCAGGUAAAGUAUUGCCAGAAAGAGGAAAAGGACGAGAGAAACCCCAUUUAGUCCUACAGAGACUGGAGGAGUUGUAUAUAUGUUUGAAAAUCAAGAUUUUUUUCCUUUUUAUUUUAUUUUGAUACCUCCUUGCUGGGUGUCUGUGGGUUUUUAGGCCAUCUCUGGUGAAAGGCAGAUUUUGAAAUCCAAGUGCUAUAAAACCCAACCCAUCUCCAACUUCUACUGACGUGCUCCUCUGACACGAGGCAAGGACAUCCUGUACAUAGAAAUAUAUAUAUAGAAAUCUAUAUAUAAAAAUAUAAAUACUGUUCUUAAGAUGGAUAAUGUUUAUUGGUAUUACAGAUUGGAGUGGUGCUUUUUUUUAAAAUAAAAACAAAAAGAAAAAAAAAGGAAAAAAUUAAAACCCAAGAAAAACCACCAAAUUGGAACAAUUUUGUCUAUAUGCAGUCAAAGUGCUCCUAAAAGCUGGCAGCAUCCUAGAGCUGGUGCCAAAGGGACUUGGGACCAUGAGGCAGCUCCACCAUGGACGAGGAUGGAGCAGUGGGACCGAGGGAGGGACAUGUCUGAUGUGGAUUGUACCACACACAUCCAGCUGUUGUUAACGGUUUUUUUAUUAUUUUGUUAUUAUUUUUGGCUUUCUUUCCUUUUAAGAAAAUCAGUUGCAUAAAUAAAUGUUCCAAAUUUGU